UGGCCCAUCAGCCAGGAGCAGGACACACCACCCCAGUCUGGAUGUCCCUGAUCAUCGGGUCGAUUCUGAUUUUCCCCGCUGCAGGCUUGCUUGUGACCAGUGCAUAACCACAUUAUAUAUAUUGUUUGCACUUCGGUCGGGAACUCGCGACACGCGGAGCCGUCGCACCGACGCUCCAGAACCCGGGACUCGGGACUGCUAUGAGACACCAACUUCCCGCUUGAACCCAAAAUUUCCGUACCACGCACGCCCGUCGCCGGCUGCGGCCGAGAAAUUGUGCGCGUUGAGUGCAUUCUCCUCUUCAGCGACUGCUCUCGGCGAACCGCAUCUCCACCGUCACAAUGGGGCUGCUCAGUUUCGGCCUCUUCCGGCCUGGCAGCGCAAAAGGGCCAAAGCUGCCCCUGUACAAGGAGGUGCCUUCUUCCUCCCGACGGCGCACCGCCCGCCCGCCGCGCUCCCCCACCAAGGAGCGCUACUCAGACUCCGAAGACACGUCAGACGAGUCCGGCGACGGCGACACCACCGACUCUUCGACCUCGUCUUCGCCCAGCUCGCGUAGCUCGAGGCGGACAUCGUCCUCCGUCUCGUCCGCCGCCGCACUCAUGCCUCUGAAGAAACGGCCCGCAACUGCCGCGCGGCGACCGCCAGUCAGGAGAUACCUCUACCGACUGCCAAACAGAGUCAUCCGGUACCUCUGUAUCGCGAUGAUGUCGACAAUCGUCAUAUUCAUCUUCAUCCUCGUUCGCGCAAGCCAGCUCGAGAACAGGAGGAUAGCGGAGGGCAAGGUCGACAAGAAGCCUGUCAUCCCGCCGCCCUGGGAGGAGUUCGAGUUCCUCACCAGGUACUACGGAGGCGUCAGAAGCGUCGUUCCCCUGGCCGACAACACGCCGCAGUAUCCUCGGCUUGAGGAAGAGGGGCCGUACAACGUUACUCAGCCGCAGCCGCAGCAGCAGCAGCAGGAGGAGGAGGAAGAAAAGGAGGGGUCGGAGAGGAGGGAAGCUGAGCCGCCAGCUGUCGACCAAGCGUCAGUCGAAGUGAAGCCCGUGCCACCGAGCAAGGCGUUUACCGACUACCCAACAGCCGGCCUCCCGAAAACCGCCGAUGGCGUCUACGAGUGCUUCUUAGACAGCCAGAACACGAUUAGGGUGCCGCCUAUCCGCUACAUUGAAGGGAGGCCCAACGGCUUCCCGGACAACAUCCUUGGCUCGUACGAGCUGCUCUCUCUCCCUGAAGACGUCUGCUUUGAGCGCUACGGAAGAUACGGCCCGUAUGGCUAUGGUUAUUCUAUCCGGACAGGCGGCCUAGGUAUCGGUGAGCACGGCGAGCGGGAAGGUGCCGAAGCGGUCUGGGAAACCGUCAAACAGGUUGAUUGGCGCGGCAUCGACUGGGCAGCUGCUCAGCGCCAAUGCUACAAGGCCAAUGCCAACCGGUACAAGCCAUUGGAAGUCCGCGGCGCUCGCCCGCGCGGCUUCUACAUCGGUGAUGGCCUCGAGGUACCCAGACUUGCCACGCGUGACUCGGCGGAGAAGGUUCAGUCUGCCGGCGAGAAGACCCAGGCGAGCAUUGGCAGAACUGCGGUUGUGCUCCGCUGCUGGGAUGAGUUCGUGUGGAGGGAAGAGGAUAUUGCCAACCUCAGGGCCCUAAUCUCGGAGCUGUCCCUCGCCUCGGGCGGUCGCUACGACGUCCACCUCCUAGUCCAGGUGCGGAAUGACGGCAGGAACCCCGUCUGGGCUGACGACGACACAUACCGCAGCCGUAUCAACGAAACCGUCCCCGAGGAGUUCCGCGGGAUCGUCACUCUGUGGUCCGAGACCCAGAUGCUCGCUGUCUACCAGGGGGUCGUCGAUCUCUGGACACGCGGCCCGGACCUACCCGUGCACGGCUCCUACCGCGGCCUCCAGAUGGCGAUGCAGUACUUUGCCUACAACCACCCGGAGUACGACUACUUCUGGCAGUGGGAGAUGGACAUCCGCUACACGGGCCACUACCACGACCUGCUAUCCAAGCUCGAGCUCUGGGCCAAGGACCAACCCCGCAAGGGCCUCUGGGAGCGCAACGCGCGCUACUACGUGCCCCACGUCCAUGGCACGUGGGAGGACUUCAGGCAGAUGUCCCGCGUGCAGACCGAGCACGGCACCGUCGGCGCCGACAACGUGUGGAGUUCGGUGCCCGGCAGCAAGAUUGUCGGGAGCGGGGCCGACCGGCCCUCCUCGUCCGCAUCGCAGAUGUCCCGCGGCGAGCAGAGCAUCUGGGGUCCGGAACGGCCGCUCGACGAGAACGACUGGUUCGAGUACGAAUCCGACCCCGUGCCGCCGACCACCUACGAGCGCGACAAGUACACGUGGGGCGUGGGCGAGGAGGCCGACCUGCUGACGCUGUCGCCCAUCUUCGACCCGGAGGGCACCACGUGGGGGCUGGCCGACGACAUCACGGGGUACAACGAGACGGGCGGGAUCGGCAAGCCGCCGCGGCGGGCGCAGAUCAUCACGGCGUCGCGCAUGUCGCGGCGGCUGCUGCUGACCAUGCACCGCGAGACGGCCUUCAAGAAGCACCACGCGUUCCCCGAGAUGUGGCCGGCGACGGUGGCGCUGCACCACGGGCUCAAGGCCGUCUUCGCGCCACACCCGGUCUUCGUCGACCGCGCCUGGCCGCCGGCCUACCUGGCGCGCGUGCUCAACGGCGGCCGCAACGGCGCCUCGGGCGGCGCCCGCACCGCCGUCUACGGCGACCGCGAGCACAACACCCGCGGCCUCACCUGGUUCUACAACGCCGGCUUCCCGGGAAACCUGUACCGCCGCUGGCUCGGCCUGCGCGUCAACAACGACGGCGGCGAGGAGUUCGAGACCACCGUCGACCAGGCCGGCGACGACCGCACCGUCGGCACCAUGCGCGGCGGCGAGGGCCGCAUGUGCCUGCCCCCCAUGCUGCUGCACCCCGUCAAGGAGGUCGACCUGCCCGUCGAGCGGGAGGAGCAGGAGGAGGAGCAGCAGCAGCAGCAGGCGGACGAGAAGAAGGGGGAGACGCUCGUGCUGGAUCCUGGUGCUUGAUUUAUGGAGUGUGUGUGGGAGGGAGGGAAGAGAACCUCGGUGGCAGAGGUGUAUGGUGAUGAAUCUGUUUCUCGUCGUUUAUCUGGCUUCUCAAGGGCUCGGCGUU